GUUGCCAUGCGUCUGGUGUUCCCGAACCCCGGGCUGGACGACCGGAUACCCAGCCAUGCCCAGCUGGAGAAGCUGGAGGUGGAGGAGGCGGACAGCAGGCCCAAAUGGGACAACAAGGCCCAGUAUCUACUCACCUGCGUGGGCUUCUGUAUCGGGCUGGGCAACGUCUGGAGGUUCCCUUACCUGUGCCAGAGUCAUGGAGGAGGAGCGUUCAUCAUCCCCUACAUGAUCCUAUUGGUCCUGGAGGGCACGCCCCUCCUCUACCUGGAGUUUGCCAUUGGCCAGAGACUCAGAGGGGGCAGUGUGGGGGUCUGGAGGUCCAUCAGCCCCUACCUCACUGGAGUCGGGAUCGCCUCCAUGAUGGUGUCCUUCCUGGUGGCCCUCUACUACAACACCAUUCUCUCCUGGGUCAUGUGGUACUUCUUCAACUCCUUCCAGAACCCGUUGCCAUGGAGCCAGUGUCCCAUUAACGACAACAGAACAGCUCUGGUGGAGGAGUGCGCCAAGAGCUCCUCCGUGGAUUACUUCUGGUACAGGGAGACCCUGAACACCUCGGCCACCAUCGACGACUCUGGAGGACUGAUGUGGUGGCUGGUGCUGGUGUCCUUCUCAGCAUGGACCAUACUCUACAUCUGCUGCUUGAGAGGGAUCGAGUCCACUGGCAAGGCGGUCUAUGUGACUUCAACUCUUCCGUAUGUGGUGUUGGCCAUCUUCCUGAUCCGAGGAUUAACCCUUAAAGGAUCCACCAGUGGCAUAGUGUUCCUCUUCACCCCAGAUGUGAACGAGUUGAUGAAUCCUCAAACCUGGCUGGAUGCUGGAGCUCAGGUGUUCUACUCGUUUGGUCUGGCCUGGGGAGGCCUCAUCUCCUUCUCUAGCUACAACUCUGUGCACAACAACUGUGAGCUGGAUGCCAUCAUCAUCUCCAUAGUAACGGGCUGCACAUCGCUCUAUGCUGCCAUCGUCAUCUACUCCAUUAUUGGGUUCCGAGCCACAGAGAAAUACGACGAUUGCCUCGGCGGGUAUGUUAUCAAGGUCAUGUCAAUGUCAAU